UAUGUCUACUCCUGAUCCUAAAUCCCCCCCUCCCUUUCUUGUUCCUUCAUCCUCAAAAAUUAAGAGUAAAAAUCAUCUAAAUAAAUUUAUUUAAGAAUGCAUUCAAAUGGAGAAGCCAAACAGGAGGAAAAUUUCCAGAUAAAGAAAGGGAAAAGUUGGGUUGAUUCAUUGAGCAUAGGACUGAGAGUAUCAUCUUUUGUUGCUUCAAUUACUGCUGCUUGUAUUGGAUUUACUUCAAGCCAAUCCUCCAUUGUAUUUGGCAUUCAAAUGGAAGCUAAAUACAGCUUUUCUUCUGCUUUCAAGUUUUUCGCAUAUGCAACUGCAAUUGCAAGUGUCAGUUCUGCUCUUUCAUUGGGCUUCACCUUUUUUCUCCGACGCAGAAGUACUGUUUCUUCCAAAGCUAACCAUCAUUGGUUCUUUUUCAUGCAUGAUUUGGUAAUGAUGUUAUUGGUGCUAUCUGGAAGUGUGGCAGCAACAUCAAUAGGGUACGUAGGAAAAUAUGGAAAUGAUCAUGCAGGUUGGAUGCCCAUUUGCGACCAUUUUCAUAUAUUCUGCCGCAAGGUUGCUGCUGCUGUUGUCCUUGGUUACUUCUCAUUCCUCUCCUCCUUCCUUCUUACUAUCAUCUCGGCGAUUGAAUAUCGAUCAUCAUAGUGUGUGUACGUGUGAAUGUGAUUAAUAUAAUUGUUCUAACUAAUUCAAUCUCAAAAUUAUUAAUUAAGUUGCUUUAUCCUUGAUUUGUCAUUUUGUAUUAAUAAGACAUGCUUAAUAAAAAUUCUAUAGUGUAAAAAUAAGGCUGCAUCACCAUAUCGCGAUUGUAUUGUUAAGUGUCGUUCCUGACAAUUUUGGGCCCUAGGCGAGAAAUAGA